AUGGCCGGAAAACAAGAUUCCCUUGACAAGAGCCCGGAACUCAACCACGGCCCGCAGGGCCUCGUCAUUGUCCCGAACACGCCGAAGCCUGUCGACCGAUCCGAGCCCACCGGCCGCCGACCACGUGGCCGGCCCGCGGGCUCCAAGAACAAGCCCAAGCCCCCGAUCGUCAUCACCCGGGACAGCGUGAACGCCCUACGGGCCCACGCCGUGGAGGUGGGCCCGGGCUGCGACAUCGCCGACUGCCUGACGGGCUUCGCCCGGCGCCGCCAGCGUGGCGUGUGCGUGCUGAGCGCCACGGGCUGCGUGGCCAACGUCGGGCUUCGCCAGCCGGGCCCGUCGGGCUCGGUCGUCACCCUCCACGGGAGGUUCGAGAUACUGUCCCUGCUGGGGUCGGUGCUGCCGCCUCCGGCCCCGCCGGGAGUGGCCGGCCUGACGGUGUACCUCUCCGGGCCCCACGGGCAGGUCGUCGGGGGGAGCGUGGCGGGGGCCCUCGUGGCCUCCGGCCCGGUGGUCAUCGUGGCCGCCACCUUCAUGAACGCCGCUUUCGACCGGCUGCCGCUCGAUGACGUGGCGGACGACGAGAUGGCUGGCGGCCAACAAGCUGACGUGGCGGACGUGUACGGUGCGGCACAGAACUUGAUCUCGAGUGGGGGUUUGAAUUGUGAGGGCCUCACGUGGGCGUCGGGCCGGGCCUUGCCGAAGUCCUGA